AAACGAUGGAUUUUUCUCCCAAACUCAUAGUAGUAUUUUUUUCCCCUAUUCUCUUCCAACUUCCAACGGUCCAACUUCUCUAAAGUAUGGUUGAUCGUCUACGAGAAGGCUCGAAGUCGUCCGUUGAAGAGCAGCGAGAUAAUGCAGGAAUCAACCAGCAUAACCAUUUUUACUCGGAUGUACAAAUAAAGCUUGUCAUACCAAACCAUCAUGGCGAAAAUCUAGUGGGGAUAUUACAUGAUACAAGCUCCAAGGAGCUUGUAAUUGUGUGUCAUGGAAUUAAGUCCGUGAAGGAACGCAUUCCCAUGGUGAGCCUUGCUGCUGCAAUAGGAAAGACUGGAAUAAGUGCCUUCCGCUUUGACUUUGCUGGAAAUGGUGAAAGUGAAGGUUCAUUUCGAUAUGGCAACUAUCACAGAGAAGCUGAGGACUUGCAUGCAGUUGCCCAACACUUCCGCGGAAUUGGCCGUAUUAUAACCAUGAUUGUUGGUCACAGUAAAGGAGGAAAUGUGGUGCUGCUGUAUGCUGCAAAAUACCAUGAUGUUCAUAGAGUCAUAAAUAUUUCUGGCCGCUUUGACCUGAAGAAAGGCAUUGAAGGUCGCCUGGGCAAGAAUUUUCUAGAAAGGAUUGAGAACGCUGGAUUUAUUGAUGUUAAUAGCAAAAGUGGAAAAUUUCAGUAUCGUGUAACUAAGAAGAGCUUAAUGGAUCGCCUUUCUACAGAUGUUCGAUCAGCAUGUCACUUAAUAAGUGAGGACUGCAGGGUUUUAACAAUUCAUGGUUCCAUGGACCAAAUUGUGCCAGUCAAAGAUGCCUUAGAAUUUGAUGAAGUUAUUGCCAAUCACACGCUUCGAAUUAUAGAUGGUGCGGAUCAUGAAUUUACUUUGCAUCAAAAUGAAUUGGUACAAGUAACCCUAGAUUUUAUCAGGAAUCAAAAUCAAUGCGAUGACACAGCAGAUGCUUUGCUCUUUCAUGCACGAGGUCGUUCUUCCAUCUGUCCAAAACUUUGAUGGUGUUUCUUUUUUCUUAGUUCAGGAUGCCUAAUGUAACAUCAACCCUGUGUAAUAUGGGGUUGGAAAAUGGAAGCUUCUGGAGAACCAGAAAACAAUAGUAUGUUGUUGAUAGAUGAUAACCCGUAUAAUGCAUCAUCCUUUGGGAUUAACAUAUAUGAACUUUUGCAUACUGGUAUGGCCUC